GAGGCAUAGGCAACCGCUAAAUAGUUAUUGAAAUGAAACUGACUGACCGAGUUGACAAAUAUGCCACAAUUUUAGUUUUUUAGAUUUUAAAUAUAAUAUAUUAUUAUUAUUAUUAGGCUAUUUCCAUAAAAUCAGGAGCUAUGGCUCAACUUGGUGAAUGGAGUUUCAAACCGAAGAAGGUGGAAGUGGAAUUGGAGGAUGAUUUUUAUUUUGAUUAUGAUGCGGAAGAAAUAUCUGAUUAUCAAGACCCCAAUGAACUUUUAGCUGCUUUGAAACAAAAGGAGGAAGAAGUCCUUUUGGCGGCCCAGUUGGGAAAUGCAUUGCUUUUGGAAAAUCGUCAGUUGAAGGAACAGAGCAACAAACUUAAUGAACAGUAUGCAGACAAACUUGAGGAGCUGGAGCAGGGCAGGCAUGAUCUGCGGGUGAAGCUGGAGGGGUGCCAGUCUGGGUGGGUGAGCCAGGUAGGGGACCUGGAGAGAGACGUGAGGGAUCUGAGUGGCCAGGUGGACAGGCUGACCCAGGCCCUGACCGACGCAGAGAUGGACAAGACCAGGUUCCAGGAGGAACACAGAGAACACACCCAGCGCCUUAGAGAACAGCUCAGCACCGCGAUGGAGGUGGAGAGGGCGAUGACCAGUGAGCUGCAUACCCUGAAACUGGAGCUCCGACAGAAAGGCCACCACAACAGACCACAGGACGAGGAGCUGCUCAGUGCCAUGAGGGAGCAGGUGGAGCGUCUGUCCCAGAAGGAGCAGGCUCUGGAGGAGCGGCUGGAGUGUGUGUGUCAGGAGAAUGCAGAUCUACGGGACAGCCUGGCCUCCCUACACACACACUUAGCUCUACAGGACCAACACAACCAGCAGCAGAGCCAACAGCUGGCGGAGGCAUGGCAGGAGGCUGCAGCUGCGAGGGGGCGUUCCCAGAAGCUUCAGGUCCAGGUGGAGGAGCUGCAGGAGGAGGUCUCCCUGCAGGACAGGAGUAGCCAUGGAAAAACAUCCCUACUGUCUGAGCUGGAGACCAGUCUGGACACCAUGGGCCUGGGCCAUAACCGAGAACAGAUGACCCAGGAGGUUCUGUCCAUCCUGGAGCUGCUGCGACCCUUGACCCGGGUAGUGAAGACUCCAGAGAGGUCAGAGUUUAUAGGUCAGGAGGAAGGAGACCUGCAGGCCAUGCUGCUGCAGUUAAAGGGUGUGGCUCAGAAACUGGCCAACCACACCCACAUCCCUCAGCUCCAGGAGGAGAAUGCUGAGCUGAGGCUAAGGCUGGGAAACAGACAGGAGGAAGAAGAGAUGGCCCAACAGGCCAUCAGAGACAGAGAUGAAGCCAUAGCUAAAAAGAACCUGAUGGAGGCAGAGCUGGUGAAGAGUAAGAACGACAUGAUGUGUCUGAACAACCAGCUGCUGGAGGCUAUCCAACGCAAGCUGGAGCUGUCUCAGGAGCUAGAGGCCUGGCAGGACGACAUCCAGAUCAUCAUCAACCAGCAGCUGAGGACCCAGCAGCAGUCGGAGCAGGUCCAGAAGAAGCCUGCCUCCAACCCCAUGUCCUUCUGGAGGAGACCCAGCACAGCUUCCUCCACCAGGCCCCACCAGCCUUCCUCCUCCCCCGCUUCCUGGACCUCUGAGGCUGGGCAAGAGAAGCCCCAGUCCCCCUGGAGAGACUGGCUUCGACGGGGAAAGGUGACACAGCCUGGCAAAUAGUAACCUGGUAUGUCUUUUGCUUCACCAUGGAGGACUGGCACGUAGCACAGAAAUGUCUUGAUCAGCUGGCCAUUGAAGAAGGCGAGUCGAGUCAUCAAGGCAAGAACAAGCUGGUGGAACUAACACUACUGAGUGGAACUAUCAGUCUUGGUAGAUGGAGUACCAAGCAGAACAGGACAGGCCGAACACUCAGUAACGUUAUGUAGUAGACUUCAGUAGAGUAUUAGGAUUCAAGACCAUGGUGUGUUGGAAACAAGGACUAGAUAAGAGCCCUAAUGGACAAAGAGUUAUCAAAAAGUAGACAGUAGUUUCCCCACUGUCACUGAGAAGAACCUAAGAACAUAAAAAGCAUGUUAGUGGUUAAAGACUCUAGCAUGGUAACUACUAGCAUGGCCAGAGAGUCACACACUAGCAUGGUGAGAGUCACGACAAGGAAAGAUGCUUAGAGGAUGUGCCGUCUUCUGCCUUAUAAUGAAGUCGUUGAUGCCUGAGAUUGUACAUGUAUGUGUGAAUGUCAAUGUUUGAAAGAAUACUGACAGUAUUUGCUCAGACUAAUUAUUUAAUCCAACCUUUAUAUAGGUAAUGUACAGACAGACUGAAGGGAAAUGAAGUUGAUAGAGUGACUGGACUCCGUUCAUAACACAUAAUGAAGUUAUUAUUCACCUAUAAUCAUGUUGUAAAUAUUUAGGUAUUUACAAAACACAGUUGAUACCAGAUCUAAGUGGUAUUCCACUCACUACAGUCUUUUCAAAAGAUGUAAUAAGAUUAAAUGUUGCCUGCUAUCUAUGCAAAAUGUUUGCCAUUAUGUAUUCAGAGAAAACAGCCCUUAGUAGAAAAUAACUAAAUAUACAAUAGGUGCUCAUAAAUAAACCAAUGAUAUACAGAAUGUCAUGAGUUCUCAUGUGAAAUGUUGUGGGAUCUAGAUACAUUAUGAUAUAUGUCCAAAAUGCAUUUCAUGCAUUGUAUUCUUACCUUAUGUGCCUUAGUUUUUGCCACACUACUGAAGGGGACAUUUUGGGGGAAGGGUGCAAUAUAGAUAAACUCAUAUAAGGUAUUUUGAUCACAGUACCAGAACAAUCUUUUAUUUUAUUUUUUACAAUCUAAUGGACAGAAUUCAUGCAAUAUGUUGUCAAUACAUGAUGUAAGUUCUGUCCUGUUGUUCAUUGACAUUUUCUACUUGUUUAUUUUCAAUUUGGUUUUUAUUGACAAUCAGAAUGUCCUCAGAUUAUUUGAUUAAGUGAAAAACACAGAACAAUGUUGACUGAAUGACUGAAAAAGUCUAGUACUUGCAACUGUUAUUACAGAAGAAAUAAUGCAAAAAUCUAGAUUCAUAUUACUUAUUGUUGUAAUAUAUGAAUGUUAUCAAAGUGCAUGCAUGCUGUUGUGUAUCAUAAUGUAUGUAGUCUAUGUAUUCUGUAUGUAGAUGGUGUUUAUGUAUUAGUGAACACGGAAUGUCCUUUACACUGAAAAUAGUCAUUUUUCAUACAGUACUUGAUAUGCUAUGGCCUUUGAUUGAUAGUUCGCAUGGACUGCAUAAAAGACUAUGUUGCGUACAUCACAUAGGCCUACAGGAUACAGCUGGUUAUCCACAUUUACCCCAUAUACUGUAGAUGCAUCUGCACCUUGAAAAACCACUACAUUGUUUCAGGUCAAACUUGAAAGGUCAAGAAGACAUUUUAAAAUGAGUAAUAUUGUAACAAAUGAGAUUUCCUCAAAACUAUAUCUGCUCUAUGUAAGAAAUGUACUGUAGUAGUAUUCACAUUUGGAGGGAUUUAUUUCAUUGGCACUGCACACAGGUAAGGCCCACCUGCCUAAAUAUUCUGAAAUAACUGUACUUUUUUGGAAAUGGGCAUGGUCUAUUUGACUCAACAACCAAAAACACAUAUCUAAGUUUAACUUUAUUGAUGAACCGGGCUGCUUAUCAAAGUUAGCUGGCUAACGCAUUGAUCCUGCUUUGUAGUAUACCCCUCUGGCCAGGCUCAUAAUAAGGGUGUGUAUUACGCUUGGUUUACAUCCAUCUGGCAGUGCCAAACAACCUAGAUCUUCUUCUGAUGGAUGUUGGUUAUAAUACCAAUACGUCUUGUUCUGUUCUUACACCACCACUGAUCCUUAAAACAGCUGUCAUAUUGUUCACAGUUUCACCAGAGAUAGUCUGGGUCUGGAAAUCUGUUCAAUGGUCAUUUCAAUUCUUGAUAUUUACCUAUUGAUUCUUGAAGAAAAUAACUUAGAAAUGCGUUAUGAGCUUAGCACAUCUGUCUUUAUCACAACCUAAAGAAUUUGAGAGGGGUUAAACAUUUCCCCAGCACCAUCCCUCAGCUGUAUACCAAAACAAGUGGCGGGGAUAUGGUUGGGUUGUUUUUCGAAACGCCGACUAUAGGUUAAAUGUUCUGGUAUGCAGCUAAUGGGGUGUCUCUCUCACAUUAAUGAGGUGUUUAGACAGGAAUAGCAUAGGCAGUAAACUUCUGGCCGUGUUUUGGAGUGGGAUAAAAGAAUGAAAGCAAAUAUGGCCGGUGUUGUUGGGCUUCAGUCUCAGGCCUUGUUUGCUAUUUUCAUAGAUUAAGUCAGUUGGAAGACGGAACACAGGAAUGUUGGGAGGUUAAUGACAACAAGAAAAACACUGAUAUGGGGCCCCGUGUAGCUCAGUUGAUAGAGCAUGGCGCUUGCAACGCCAGGGUUGUGGGUUUGUUUCCCACGGGG